CUCUAACAAAUACAGAUGCUCAAAAACUGCUUUGACAGGCAGUUAUCUUGUUUGUUUGUUUUUGGUUUAUCUACCUGUUGUCCUUAUAUUAAUCUCUCUACUUGCCUUCAGGUUUCUGAGGAUGGAACAGAUCCCAACCCUUAUGUGAAAACCUACCUGCUUCCAGAUCCACACAAGACCUCCAAACGCAAGACAAAGAUCUCGAGGAAAACCAGGAACCCUACUUUCAAUGAGAUGUUGGUGUACAGCGGCUACAGCAAGGAGAGCCUGGGUCUGCGGGAGCUCCAGCUGAGCGUGCUGAGUGCCGAGUCGUUGCGAGAGAACUACUUCCUGGGCGGCAUCACGCUCAGACUCAAAGACUUUGACCUCAGCAAGGAGACGGUCAAGUGGUACAAACUCACGGCCGUCCCGUACUUCUGAAACCUGCCUGCGCCGGAGCGGGGAACGACUCUGUGUCUGCAGGAGAAAAAACUACUGCAUUCACUUCAUAUGGGAACGGUGGCAGAUGCAGCCUUACCUGAAAAUACUAGUCACUGUAUUUAAUGGUUCAUGAAAAUACUACUUGGUGGAUGGACAUACUAUUUUUCUGACAUAAUCAGAUUUAAGGUAUAAGCAGUGAUAUUUGUUUUAAACCUAACAAACCAAAUGGACUGUUUGUUAAUACAUCAUGGCAGGCUACAGCGCGCUUGUUGCUUAAAACCAUGCAUCACUGUGUACAUACUGAUCAGUCACAACCUGGUUCUAAAGAAUGUCAUCAAGGUGGCUCCCACCAAGUUAUUGCUUAUGAUAAUGAUGAUGUUCCUGUAGUGGUUAUUCCCAUAUGACAUGAAUGCAGACUCCACCCGACGCACCCUAAGAAGGCGACCGUUUCACAAACCCUCAAAGUGGAGCCUGCUCUCCUCUCUUCCCAUCUUUAACUAAACAAGAUUGUUUCUGUGACAAACAAUCUUCACUUAUUGUGUCUCUCUUUUUCCUAAGCUAUAACAAAGAGCUGUAAUGUUUUGUACAUUUUGAUAUUAGAGGACCAAAAUGGCUUACUUUCAGAAGAGUAUAUAUAGAUUGACAUGUUUAUUUUUUAAGGAAUAGAAAGGGGGCUCAUUUUUACAUUUUCCUUGUUAAUUUUCUACAUAGACAAAUAGGAGGCGUCAGGUUUUCCUGCUUUGCAGCAGACACUUCUGGGUAGAGUAGUCCAACACAUCAGAUUCCAGGAAAUCAACAGUGACCUUAUGAUUCCCCACGAAAGUGCCAAGAGUAACGAGAAGGACGGCGAAUCAAACCACUCUCCGAGGAGGAACAGGGUGCCUUCGUUUGUGCUCACAAUCCCUUUUUAAUGCUCAACUUGGCCUUAUUGCUAAAUAUAUUUUAAUUACAAUGAAAUGUGUCCUUAUUAAAAGUUAUAGCAGUAGUUCUGCCAGAGCAGGUCUGAAGGUUUUUGUAAGAGUGGGCUUCCACUAAACGCACACUACCAGGUCUUUCUCUCGUGUUCUUACUUGACUAUUUUCACACAGCACACCAAAAGGGGAAUUUGUUUCAUAAGCUUUGGAUCACGCUCUGGAUGAAGAGACAAUGGUUGCUUGAUGACGCUGAUCAAAAGUCAGUUCUGUGUUUCCUUCAGGUGGUUCGAAACCAUAAUUCAGAUUUUUCAAAAAGCAAUUUAGGGACUGAGUUCAAACUGGAGUCUGGACAGGAGGCAGUCUGAGGCUGCAAUACCACACUGUGGUGUAAUGACGCCAUUAAAAGUAACUGGGUAACUUGUUUAUAACUGCCAGUGAAGUCCAGAUCCACGUUUAUAGGACAUUUAAGUUAAAGAACACUCUGAAUUUUGAGGACAUUUCGAGCAAACCUUUCUCAGAUCAUUGCUGAAAAGGCAACUUUGACUUAAAACAUCUUUACAAAAAGGGAACAAGUUUCUGAGAAUUAGCUGCUUCCUCUCGCUAACUAUAAAUCUAAAGUUGUUAUUAAUGUUUAAUAAUGAAAUGAAAUGUAUCUGAAAUAAUGAGAUAUUCAAGACAACUAUGAUCUAAGAGCAUCACUCACACUAUGAUAUUAGUGACUUGAUCCACUCUUUUAGUGACUGUACAAAGAAAGCAAGCAGAGUUUGUAUUAACAUGGCCAGUUAUUUAUUAUUAAUUGGUGACCUGUAACCCGAAUGGAUCAGUGUGUACUGUAAUCCCUCUUUCCUGAAGCAAAUUAAAUGUUUUUGGAAUAAAUGUCAUGCGACUC